AUGGUUGGGAAGUCCCUGAUUGCUGGUCUGGUGGUCCUUCUGGUGGCUGCAGUGAGCCUGUUCCUGGGGGUGUUCAUGGGUUUGGGGAAGAAAAACACACCUCCCACUUCAGAUCACUUCUACUCAAAGGCCGCCGUGGCUGCUGAUGCUGGAAAGUGCUCGGAAGUGGGGAGGGACAUUCUGAAGAAAAACGGCUCUGCUGUGGAUGCUUCCAUCGCUGCCUUGCUGUGUGUUGGCCUUUUGAACGCUCACAGCAUGGGCAUCGGAGGAGGGCUCUUCUUUGUCAUCUAUAACGCUUCCACAGGAAAGGUGGAAACCAUCGAUGCGAGGGAGACUGCACCCAUGAACGCCACUGAAGACAUGUUUGGCAACAACACUAAGCUUUCUCGCACAGGUGGACUGUCCAUAGCCAUUCCGGGAGAGAUCCGCGGUUAUGAGAUGGCACACAAAAGGCAUGGCCGGCUGCCAUGGAAGGAGCUGUUUGAGCCCAGCAUUGCCUUGGCUCGUGACGGAUUUCCGAUUGGAAAAGCCCUGGCUCAUGCAAUCUUAAAAAGCAAGGAUUCCAUUCAAGGAGACGCCAACAUGUGCGAGGUGUUUUGUGAUUCUCAGAAAAACAUCCUGAAGGAGAAUGAUAUUGUUAGAUUCCCAAAGCUGGCUGAAACAUACCAAAGAAUAGCAGAAGAGGGGCCUGAUGUGUUUUAUAACGGGACGAUGGCACAGAGCAUCGUUGAGGACAUCCAGGCGGCAGGUGGUAUCAUCACCCUGGAAGAUUUGUUGGAGUACCAGCCCGUGCUGAAUGAGAACCCUCUGAAGCUGAAUGUCGGGGAAUACACCAUACAUGUCCCAGAUGCCCCCUCCAGUGGCCCUGUGCUGGCACUCAUACUCAACAUAGUGGAUGGGUAUAACUUCUCCGACACGAGCGUCUCUACAGCAGAGAAGAAAACUCUGACGUACCAUCGCAUUGUAGAGGCUUUUCGUUUUGCUUACGCCAAGAGGAGCAGAUUGGGGGACCCUCGGUAUCUCAACAUUACUGAUCUAAUCCAAAACAUGACCUCAGACUACUUUGCUGAUGGCAUAAGGAGCAAAAUUACAGAUGACACGACCCACCCAGACAGCUACUAUGAGCCCGAGUAUUUUGUUCCAGACAACCACGGGACAGCUCAUCUGUCAGUCAUUGCUGAGGAUGGCAGUGCUGUGGCAGCAACCAGCACCAUCAAUCUAUACUUUGGUUCAAAAGUCAUGUCUCGAUCUACUGGGAUCAUUUUUAAUGAUGAAAUGGAUGACUUCAGCUCUCCAUACAUGACCAAUGGGUUUGGAAUCCCCCCUUCACCCAACAACUUCAUUCAACCAGGCAAAAGGCCGCUGUCUUCCAUGUGUCCUACUAUCAUAUUUGACAAAGAAAACCAAGUGAAGAUGGUUGUAGGAGCAUCCGGGGGCACAAAAAUCACCACAGCCACAGCAUUAGUCAUCCUCAACUCCUUGUUUUUCAACUAUGACCUAAAGAAAGCCGUGACAGAGCCACGACUUCACAAUCAGCUUAACCCAAAUAUGACAGUAGUGGAGCAGGGCUUUGAAAAGAGUGUCCUGGAGGGUCUGGUCCAGAAGAACCAUGUAACACAGCUGCUAAGGACUCCAGACUCUGUGGUCCAGGCUGUGGUGCGGCAGGGAGAGCGUCUCUGUGCAGAGUCUGACCCCAGGAAAGGAGGCUAUCCUGCGGGAUACUGA